AUGGCUUUACAGGAACAUAAAUUUCUAGUUCGGCAAAGAGCCGUUAAGGAAUGGAUCAUAUGUAGUUGCGUCAAUUGCAAUACAGAUACACAUGCAAUUCACUCUCGCAUUGGCUUAGAUAUGGUACUUGCCACUCGAGAAUUACAGCCUUUCGAUGAGGUCGCUGCCACAAAGUCGGAUAAGAUGAGAUUUUGUCCGGCGUUUCGUAUUAAAAUUGGCCUUAGAAACGGAACAGAACCAAACGAUUCAAGAGCUGUCCUUUUUGGAGAAAAAAUUCGAUCUGUAUUCAAUUCUAUUGAUAAAAUUUCACAAAAGUACUUGGAAGUCGAGGAACAUGCUAUGAAGGAAAGAAUCAACUCUUAUAUUGCAAAACAGAAAGCAGAAUACACUGCAUUGAAGGUGCUGAUAAAAAGCCAUGAAGCCUCUCUGCGAAAAGUUGUCAUUAAUGCCACUGGUGAAGAUAUUGAAAGCAAUAUUUCAGAUGCAAUGUUAGAAGAUGAUGGCGAUGAGUUACCAGUAGCUGAUGAUAUAACCGAAGACAAUAGUCAUAAUCAUCAUAAUAUAGAUAAUAUAGCCAAUCGAUCUCAAUGGAAGCAAAAAAAGCCUUGGAAUGAUGACAAAACUAGUUCCUAUUUAUCUCAGAUGUCGAGGAGAUCUGCCGGUCGUCAAAAUAAUGUACCUGAAAUGAAUACUAGUGGUUACCAGGACGAAGAUCCUGAUGCAUUGUUUGCAAUGGAUGAAGAUGAUACUACCAUCGAAAAGCCUAUGCAAUGCGAAUCGGAUGAUUUAUCUAGCAACAGUAAUAGCCAUAGCGACGAUAAUAGUUUGUCCGAAGAAGUUGAAAAUGUAGUUGUUGGGCUACCAGCUACUCGAUUGCGUUCUAUAAGCCGGCCUUGUGCGAAUUCCUUGCCAAUAAAUAUAGGUUUAUUAGAACGCAGUCAGAAGAAGCCUAUUGACAUUGAACCGUUACCAGAAAGGCAUGAUAAUAUAGCCGAAAGUAUGAAGGCUAUCGCAAAUAGCAUCAGUAAGAAAAGUACCGAUAUUUUUGGGGAAUUACCACGAAAUCGCGUCAAUACCUUCAGCAAAUACGACAAAUACGAUUAUAAAUAA